AUGAUGCACGAUCCUGCUUCUGUCUAUGACGAGGGCUCGCCCCAUGUUGAUCCCGCUAUUUUUGACCUUGGUGUAACUAUUUUGGGUAUUUGCUAUACCUGCCAGGAAAUCGCAUGGAGAAUCGACGCAAAGAAUGUUGCCCGCGGAGAGGCACGAGAGUAUGGCCACGCCGACGUUACAACAACUAAGGUGAAUAGUAAUGUCGACCGGCUUUUCGCUGGUUUAGGAGAUGAGAUUCCUAUAUUUAUGUCACACUUCGAUAAGCUAGUUAGACUGCCUACUGGGUUUGUGGUCAUUGGUGCCACUAAGGACUCAGAGUACGCUAACAUCACCCACGAGGAGAAGCCUAUCUUUGGCGUUCAGUUCCAUCCUGAGCUCGAACGCACACCCCGCGGAAGCGAGAUCCUCCGUAACUUUAGUGUUGAUAUCUGCGGAGCUCAGCCGAAUUGGAAAAUGGGCGACUUCGCCCAGCUUGAGAUCGCUCGCAUCCGAGACCUUGUCAGUGACCGAGCUCUCGUCCUAGGUGCUGUGUCGGGAGGCGUCGAUAGCACUGUGGGAGCUGCCCUAAUGCGUGAGGCCAUUGGAAAUCGCUUCAAAGCCAUCCUCAUCGACACUGGAUGUAUGCGCCUUAAUGAGUGCCAGGAGGUUAAGCUUACUCUCGGAAAGCACCUUGGCAUUGAUCUCACAGUCGUUGAGGCUGGCGAGCUGUUCUUAAGUCGUCUUGCGGGUGUUUCUGACCCCGAAAAGAAGCGGAAGAUCAUAGGGUCGACUUGUGCGUACUUCCAGUUUACUUGGGUUUGA